UCCCACUCGCAUAUGUUUCAGCGUGCGUGUAUGGUGAAAUGGAAGGAAAAAGUGUAGCAAGUGGUGUUUAAUAUUAGUUUAAUUUAGCAAAAUACCUUCUCUUACCUUGGACGCACGAUAAACACACCAGCCAAGAUGACAAUAACGGAGUACAUCGGUGCGCUGUCCGAAAAUCCCUACUUCGGGGCCGGCUUCGGUCUGUUCGGCGUCGGUGCCGGGGCGGCAAUGUUACGUAAAGGGAUGCAAGGAGCGAUGAUACUGUUCCGGCGGCACUACAUGAUAACGCUCGAGGUACCGUGCCGGGACAAGUCGUACCAGUGGUUGCUCCAGUGGAUCACUCAAAAGGGCGCCCGGCAAACGCAACAUCUCAGCGUGGAAACAUCGUUUGAGCAGCGUGAUACCGGUCACGUAAAAACACGGUACGACUUCAUACCAUCGGUCGGUACGCACAUUAUGCGGUACGGUGGAACGUGGAUUAAGGUGGACCGGGCCCGGGAGCAGCACACACUCGAUCUGCACAUGGGCGUGCCGUGGGAAACGGUACAGCUGACCGCGUUCGGGCGGGAUAAGAACCUGUACUUUAAAAUACUGGAGGAGGCCCGACAGCUGGCGCUGAAAAACACGGAAGGAAAGACGAUCAUGUACACGGCGAUGGGUUCCGAGUGGCGCCCGUUUGGCCAUCCCCGCAAGCGACGUCCCAUUGGUUCGGUGGUGCUGGACGAGGGCGUAUCCGAGCGCAUACUGCGCGAUUGCCGAGAGUUUAUAAAGAACCCACAGUGGUACUCGGACCGUGGUAUACCGUAUCGGCGAGGAUACCUACUACACGGACCGCCCGGUUGUGGUAAAUCCAGCUUCAUCACUGCCCUAGCCGGUGAGAUCGAGUUCGGCAUCUGUUUGCUAAAUCUGUCCGAGCGUGGACUUACCGAUGAUCGGCUGAACCAUCUGAUGAACGUGGCACCGCAGCAGUCCAUCAUACUGCUGGAGGACAUUGAUGCGGCGUUCGUUUCGCGCCAGGAUACGCUACAGCAGAAGGCAGCGUUCGAAGGGCUUAACCGGGUCACGUUCAGUGGGCUGCUGAACUGUCUCGAUGGUGUGGCAUCGACCGAGGCACGUAUCGUCUUUAUGACCACCAACUACCUGGACCGGCUUGAUCCUGCCCUCAUCCGGCCGGGCAGGGUAGAUGUGAAGGAGUACGUUGGCCACUGUACGCGUCAUCAGAUGGAGCAUAUGUUCCGACGGUUCUACACCGGCACGGAUGCUGAGACGAAUGCACGCCUUUUUGCUGAGCGUGUGGCAGCGGACGGACGGAACGUAAGCCCGGCACAGAUUCAGGGCUACUUUAUGGUGCACAAAAUGUCCGACCAGCAAACCGUACUGGACAAUGUGCAGCAGAUAUGGGACAGUACGUGAGAGGGCCGAUUAGCGAUUAGGUAUUAAAAUGGACUUUCAAUAAAUGGUCUGCAUCUGUAAGAUGAUGUUUUUCGGAGCGUUUUCGAAGCAAUAAAUUGUUGAACAAAACAGAACCCCGGCACGGUGAAGGAAAUACAA